CUAAAAAUGUGAACUAGUUUUUGAAAUACCCCUAAUUCUUUAUCGAAGGUUGGGCCAGUGAAUGGCGCAUGCUCAGUGCGAAUAGGGAGUGUUGGAGACAGCCAACAGUGCAGGGAAAGAGAAUACGGGUGAAAAGAGAAGCCCGUCUUCCUUUCGAAAAGGAAAAAAAUACGUUAACGGAGCUUCGUUGGAUGUCCUCGUUUCACACCCGGCCAUGCCAACGACACAGCGAUGUAUUAUUACUGCAAUCGGAAUAAAAUGAGCGCUAGUGCAGCCGGGCCUGGAGUGGAGAGUUGCGGGGCCGGGUGUCCGCAUAGCGCCAGCCGCUGCUGCGGGGGAGGAGGCUGCGGUGAGCCCGUCAGCGGUGACGGAAGCUCGGCCGCUGCGGCUACAGCCACCAGCGCGGCCCCAGUGCGGAGCUCAGACAGGGAGAGCAGCGUAGCCGAGGCCCAGGCGUUCCGCGAAUGGGACGAUGCCACCUCCGGCGAUGCGGAUCCGGCCCAGAAAAUGAACGAGGGGGGAUUUUUUACGAACGGCGCUGCCAAUAUCACACGGGAGGGAGACGAAUGCGCGGAUUCGGGGGAAUACGGCGGAGGACGCGGGCGUUUCUGUAGACAAAGCACUGGAGCGGGCGAGGAUAACACCAUUAAUAUUGAUCAUGAAGAAGCUGGUUUGCGGCGUUUCACGAGCGUUACGACAAGAAGGGACGAGCGCAGAGCGAGCGCGAGACUGCCGCCGGUGCGCACCGCGAGAGUCCGACGCGGACACACGGCGCACGCCGAGACCGAGAUGAUGACAGCCGCUGCAAGGUGUGGUCACGGGAAUCCCGAGCCCGCGGUCAUCAAGCGCCGGGGAUGCCGUUUCACCCGAGCCUCCAAGAGGGUGUGUUUCUCGGACGCCGCGGCCCGCGUUGGUUCCAAUGGUGAAGCUCACGGGAAGGGCUCCGCGAGCACUGCCGAGACUUUCAGGCGCAAGUCCUUACAGCGUAUCCACUGCGAAAACACGACCGGGGCCCAAAAAAUUAAUUUCACAGCGUGCCCGCCGGAUGAAAGUGCUCAGCUGCCCACAUACAGGACGGCGAAGGGGCGCGUCAGACUUUACAGGGUGCGCUCCUUUCUUUCCAGAUCUGCCAACCAUAACAACGGGGUCAGCGGAAACGCUGCCCCUCACAAUAGCCUCCCACCGCAACCCUCCCUCCAAGCUGAGCCCGACCUUCGUGGUUGCGUAAAAAAGCCCCUGUGUGCCCUCUCUAUCAGUUCUUCUCAGUCUGAGAGUGGGCCUCCUAACGGGACAGAGCCAGAGCCACAGAAGUGUGACGGUACAGGUGUGGGCAUUGAUGCACAGGGGACUGAGGGCCCCAGCACGGAGCAAAUAGAGGCGGUGAGGGGUGAAGCCAAAUGCAGACAGGCAGAGCUGGAGGGUCGGACCGACCACCUCUGGAGGCGCCUGCAGGCCGUACAAGUGAAGCAGGUGGAGAGACAUGUCACGCAGCAGCUGCAUGGCCUAUACAGGAGCCUGGGGUUGAGCUGCACCAGAAGGACCAAUGCUGCGUCCAGAAACUCGGCCGAGCUGAGCAGGCUGGCGUUCAGCUGCAGCGAGAUCCUCCGGUCUGCAGAGAGCGCCCUGGACUCGGACCACACGGCCAGCAGCUCCGGCGGUGACAGUGAGGAAGAUGAGGGAUUGGAGAGAGGGGGUCGUCGCUUUAGACCACUGCCAAUAAAAUCAAUUGUCACUGGCAAAGAAUGGCAGUGGGCGGAGAGCAGGGCGUGGCUUGGCAGCAGGUGGGUGUGGCUGCAGACUCAAGUAUCGGAGCUUGAGUAUCGGAUCCGUGCGUUGACAGAGCUUUACACACAUCUUCGACAGGGAAAGGUGCGGUCCACUUACUCUGUCCCUGACACGCCCCUCAGAGCAUCAAACCCCUCCCCCGCGUCACACAACUGCAAGAUAUCCUCUGCUGGUGAUCCUAACAGGAAGUGGCAGACAGAAGACACCACCACUCCGCAAACAGUGCCCAGUCCACCACCUUCUGCCGCACGAGUUCGACCGCUACUCCGGCAACGACGUCACAGACUCGUUCGCCUGGAAGAUUGCACAGUGCUGGAGUCAAAGGCGGUUUCGUUACAGUGCUGGUGUGAGCCACCGUCUGUGUGUGUGUUAUGUGGUGGUGCUCCUCCUCGCUCCCCCUCAGAUAAGGAGAAAGGUCUGUGGAUGCGUCAGACCUGGCUCGAUAUGUCCGUUCACCCUGUCCUCUCAAUGCCAUCAGAUUCACCCCUUGCACUGCAUUGUGGGAUACGCCCGCUGGCCGGGCACCAUUCUAAUAAUUCACUACAGUGGACAGACGUGUCAUCUGCGUCCUUUUGGCCGGGAAGGCGGGGCCAGGGACGAGUUGGGAGAGUGAGGAGGAGACUAGUUUGUCCCCGUCCGCCCAAUGCACUGCCUCCUUUAUUUAGCACACCUGGUGGAUCUGGGUGCAGAAGCCAGAGGGGUGUGAUUAUUCCCAAUUAUCUUCAUCCACGAGCUCCAGAUUUGCCCAUCCUGCCGGCUAUACCCCCAACAACAGACACACCCACUCAGCCUUUGAGAAGGAGAAGAGCUGAAAGCUCAUUUGACAUUGACAACCUGGUGAUGCCUUUGGGCCUGGCUGGACUAGGAGCACGCGUACAAAGACUACAAUACAAGGAAAUUAUCACACCAAGUUGGAGGGAGCUGGACUCUCUCUCAGGGGUCUCUAAAAACCAGGAAGGGGCACAUGCCCUGUCAUUCAAUUACAAUAACAUACAGCACCAGCCCAAUGGGGAAGGACUGGACAUUGAGGAGGAAGAGGUGGAGGAUCUCUCUGACGCUGUGUUUCUGAGCCGCCAUGCAGUGUGUGAGAGCAGAGAGAGGAGUCGGUGGGGGAGCUGGGCUCGUAGACGUCGCCGGGGCAGGUGAGAGAAAUUUGUGUGUGAAAUAGUGGCAUAUAUGAUUGAGAAUAUUUGAACAGGUGUCAGAAUUGUUUAAACGGGUGUUAAAAUAAUGUUUUUCAACAACGGAUCGAUUUGUAAUUAAAUAUUUCCAAAUGCUGCUUAUUUGUAACAUAUGUGUUAGAGCUGGCUUAGCUUUUAGGGCACAUUCCCCAACGUAUUAAGCCACGGGGCUUAUG